AUGGCUGGACAGAGCAAGUCGUUUGCAAUUACCCUAGUCUCCGAAGGACGACCUGUGCUACGACAGAACGAGAAUGGUCCGUGCUUCGUGAUUGCGCUCGUGAACGCAGUGCUUCUAGGCGUUUCGGAUCUCGACACGGGGUUCAGAAAUGUCUUGGUUGACAUGGCCAUGGCGACGCCUCCAAAACAGGUUUCUUUGGAUACUGUCUACGCGUUCCUCGUCGAACGGGUUCUGCAUCGGGCAGAGCCCGACGCCGACGCCUACGCCGCCAGCACCGACCAUGCCUCCUCGGGUCAGAUUAUGGAUACACUCCCAAUCCUCGACUCGGGACUACUCAUCAACCCCGCAUUCAACAACAUCCAGGUUUUGGAUUUUGGAGAUUACUCACCCUCCAUUGUACGCAUGCUCGAUCUGUUUGGAUUGAAGUUGUACCACGGCUUUAUCAUGCCCUCGGAGUUGCUUGCCCAGCUUGAGGGAAGAGACAUAAAACCCACCUUCGACCAAUGCCAGGACUACCUCGUUUCCCAGCUGGAAAAGGAGGAGAAAGAGAACGGCUCCGAUGACUCUGCAGACACUCUAGCGAAACAGAUAGACGAAUUCCUUUCCAACAAUAGCACCGAGUUUACUCCGGCCGGAUUUCAAGUCCUUCUCGACUCUUUGAACGACAACCAAAUUUUUCUUUUCUUCCGUAACGACCACUUCAACACGUGCAUCAAACAUGAAGGCUCUAUAUACUCACUGGUCACAGAUAUAGGGUACAUCAAUCAGCCAGACGUUGUUUGGCUACCGCUCUCCAUUUACGACGAGGGUGAUUUCCUCAACUUCGAUUUCGAAAUCUCGAGAAUCAAGUCAACCCCUCAGUCUGUUUCAGAUGUGCCUACCGAUUCCGCGCUACAGCAACAGGAAGACUAUGACUUGCUGCUCGCAAAGCAGCUGCAGCUCCAAGAAGACAACGAAAUAUCUAAGAAACUUCAAAAAACCUUUGACAAGGAAGAAGAGCUUAAAAAACAGGCCCCCCUCGCCAAAAAUAACGCUAUUACUCCAUCGAAAAAGGCACUUAACUCUAAUACAAAGUCAACAUCAAAGAAGCCAACACAACCUUCAAGAAAGGUGGAGAGCAAGGGGAAGCCUAUAGGUAAACUCAAAUCAAAGUCUAACCCAAAAGCGCAGUCAAAACCGUCGAAUCCACAGUCCUGUGUAAUUUUAUAG